AUGCCACUUUUCAAGAGCCAACUUCAGGACGUGAAGGAACCAGGCAGCCUCUCCACCACCUUCCAGGAACCAGGCAGACUCUCCACCACCUUCCAGGAACCAGGCAGCCUCUCCACCACCUUCCAGGAACCAGGCAGCCUCUACACCACCUUCCAGGAACCAGGUAGACUCUCCACCACCUUCCAGGAACCAGGCAGACUCUCCACCACCUUCCAGGAACCAGGCAGACUCUCCACCACCUUCCAGGAACCAGGCAGCCUCUCCACCACCUUCCAGGAACCAGGCAGCCUCUACACCACCUUCCAGGAACCAGGUAGACUCUCCACCACCUUCCAGGAACCAGGCAGACUCUCCACCACCUUCCAGGAACCAGGCAGACUCUCCACCACCUUCCAGGAACCAGGCAGCCUCUCCACCACCUUCCAGGAACCAGGUAGACUCUCCACCACCUUCCAGGAACCAGGCAGCCUCUACACCACCUUCCAGGAACCAGGCAGACUCUCCACCACCUUCCAGGAACCAGGUAGACUCUCCACCACCUUCCAGGAACCAGGCAGCCUCUACACCACCUUCCAGGAAAAGGCGCGCUCUUAA